AUGCCUCCUCCCCGCCUCCUGCCCCCGAUCCUCCUCCUCCUCCUCGUCGCCCCUCCGGCGGCGCCGCAGCCCGCGCCGGGAUCGGCGGCGGAGCCGCAGGAGGACGACCUGCGCUGCCUCAAGGGCGUCAAGCACGACCUCUCCGACCCCAACGGCAGCCUCGCCGACUGGGACUUCAAGAACACCUCGGGGGGCGCCGUCUGCAACUACAACGGCAUCGGCUGCUGGAACACGCAGGAGUCCCGCGUCCUCUCGCUGUCGCUCUCCGGGUUCGGCCUCGUCGGCUCCAUCCCCUCCUCGCUCCAGUACUGCCGCGCCGCCACCACGCUCGACCUCUCCAGCAACGCGCUCGCCGGCACGAUCCUGCCGGCGCUUUGCGACUGGCUCCCCUUCCUCGUCACCCUCGACCUCUCCUCCAACCAACUCACCGGCCCGAUCCCCGCCGAGCUCGCCAACUGCCGCUUCCUCAACACGCUCAGGCUCUCCAGGAACCAGCUCUCCGGCCAGAUCCCCGUCUCCCUCGCGCGGCUCGACCGCCUCAAGACGCUCGACCUCUCGGGGAACAAGCUCGACGGCCAGAUCCCGCCCCAGCUCGGCGACAACUUCUCCAAGGACUCGUUCUCGGGGAACUCGGGGCUCUGCGGCCGCCCCGUGUCCUCGCGCUGCGGCCGCGGGCUGGGGAGCACCGGCCUUGGCAUCGUCAUCGCCGCGGGAGUCUUCGGAGCCGCCGCGUCGUUGCUCCUCGCCUACUUCUUCUGGCGGUGCACCGGGAAGGGCAAGGGAGGGCACCGCCGCCACAGGCGCGGCGCCAGCGAGUCCGGCGGCGGGGAAGACGGGAGCUGGUGGACCGAGAGGCUGCGGGCGGCGCACAACCGCCUGGCCCCGGUCUCGCUGUUCCAGAAGCCCAUCGUCAAGGUCAAGCUGGCUGACCUGAUGGCGGCCACGCAGGACUUCAGCACCAGCCACAUCGUGGUCGCCGGGAGCUCGCGGGCGGGGACGGCUUACCGAGCCGUGCUACGGGACGGGUCUGCGCUGACGGUCAAGCGCCUGCACUCGUGCCCACUCUCGGAGAAGGCGUUCAGGGCAGAGAUGGGUCGGAUUGGGCAGCUGCGGCAUCCCAACAUCGUGCCACUGCUGGGCUUCUGUGUUGUCGAGGAUGAGAGGCUGCUGGUGUAUAAGCAUAUGGAGAGUGGGGCUCUUUCGUCGGUGAUGAAGAAGCCAGGGGAAGUGCCGCUGGAUUGGGCAACACGACUUAGGAUCGCCGUUGGGGCAGCAAGGGGGCUUGCGUGGCUGCACCAUGGGUUCCAGGUUCCGCAGAUUCACCAGAAUUUGAGCUCGAGUGCAGUGCUUCUUGAUGAGGAUUAUGAGGCUCGGAUCACCGAUGUUGGGCUCACGAGGCUGGUCCGGAUGGCACCCGGCGAAGGCGGGGAUACUAGUCCUUUCCUGAAUGGGGACUUUGGGGAGUUUGGCUAUGUUGCUCCCGAGUAUGCUAGCAAUCCAGUUGGUACGAUGAAAGGCGAUGCAUAUGCAUUUGGGGUGAUAUUGUUUGAGCUUGUUAGUGGGCAGGAGGCUGCUGCUGUGGUUACUGACGUGACUGGUGAAGGAUUCAAGGGGACAUUGGUGGACUGGGUUAAUCAGCUCAAGGCUUCUGGUCGGAUCAGUGACGUUGUUGAUAAACCAUUGCGUGGAAAGGGCCAUCAGGCAGAGAUUGAGGAGUUCUUGAAGAUAGCUUUUGCUUGUACCCAGCCUCGCGUGAGGGAGAGGCAUUCCAUGUAUCGGGUUUACCACGCUCUGAAGGGCAUCGGAGAGGGUCGUGAUGUCACGGAGCAGUUCGAUGAGUUCCCACUGGCCUAUAACAAGGAUGAUUUAGACACUAUGUAG